AUGGCAACAACAAAACUGCCACCCACAACUACCACCAUCAUCACCACAAACAAGCUAUCUACCAUAAGUAUCACAAAACCACCUUCUCCCACAACUACUGUGAAGCUGCCAUCUACUUCUACAAAGCAGACUACUACAGAGCUUACAAUCCAAGGAAAUAAAGAUAAAGGAACCACAAAGGAAAACCCAGCUAACAAGAAUACAGUAACACAAGUGAGUACAACUUCCAGCACCCUAUCUUCUACAACAAACAAAAUUGCAACAUAUUCCUCUACUUGGUCCACCACUGUUAUACCUACAACAAAAAGGCAAGUCACCUCUUACUCCAGUCCAAGAGAUGCUACCAUUUCCACAACUAGAUCUCCAGAGAUGAUUAUCAAUAAAACUACAGCAUAUGUUCAACCAGAAAAGAUUGAUGUACCUCUAUUGUACAACGAUGUACCAGAAGAGAUGAACUUGUGUAAUAAGAAGCCUAUAGAUGGGAUUGUCCCUCUACAAAAUGGAUCGCUAGCGGUAUUCAGAGAUCAUUAUUACUGGCUGCUAAAUGGAACAAGCUCACCCUCUCCUCAACCUCGUAAAAUCUCUGAGGGAUGGCAUAUCCCUUCCCCCAUUGACACAGUGUUCUCCAGAUGUAACUGUGAUGGCAAAACUUUCUUUUUCAAG